GCGAUAUUGUGGGCCGGUCGGCGCCUGGCAGCCCGACCUUGGACCCACUACCUAGUAAGUUGUGGUUAAGAACUCCCUUCCUCCUUCUCACCACCGCCGAGACGAAACAAAUUUCUCUCCUUUGUUGCCGAAGUAUGGAGUCUUCAGCUUUCCUGCAAGACAAUUGCGUGAAGCUUUUCUUUCUCGUCGUGGUCGGUGCAUUGGCAUUUCAGCCUAGCCUCAUUCGGACGGCAACAACGCUCCCCUUGCUCGGAAUACUGCUUUGGCAAUUCGUUCUAGUAGAGGAGAAGGGCUUUUUUGGGGAUCAUUUUUCUCUCGGCUGUCUCAUCGGUCUGCUUUCUUUUGCGUAUAUCGAUCGCAUCGUUCUCGCAAAUCCAGACAAGGAGGGAUGGCAUAAGCUCACGGACUCUGACGCCGAAUCGAGAUCUGCGACCCCAGCUGCGCCAGUGGGGUCCUUUAGGAGGCUCUGGUGGUCACUUCUCAUCUUCUUUAACCUGCGCGGUGUGGGCUGGAGUUACCAAGUCAAGAAUGUUCCUACUGCUCACCCAGCCGACUAUUCAAGAUGGAAAUUUGUAUUACGAAAGCUCUUCCUCGGUGCUACGUUUUUCAUAAUCGAAGACACUCUUUGCUCAUGGACCGCCUCUACGCCAUGGGGCAGCUUCCGUGAUGUCGACGGCUUCGUUCCAGUCGGUUUUCAGGACUCUGUUUCUUAUCAGACAAGAUUCCUACUUAGCUGGACCUACAUUCUAAUCACAUAUUAUACUCUGGAGUUCAUAAACUGCGUCAUCUCGGUUGUUCUUGUAACCUUGCACUUCGCUAACCCGAGCGAGUGCCCACCCCUUUUUGGGGACCCGCGCGAGAUGUAUACGCUGCGUAAAGCUUGGUCAGUGACCUGGCAUCAAAGUAUGCGCCGUGCUUGUGCGACCAUGGGGCUCUUCGCUGCUCGAGACGUCCUCCGCCUCAAGAAAGGAACCUUCGCCUCCAAAUACGUCCAGCUCUUUGUUGGGUUCGGCGUGAGUGCGACCAUCCACGCCAUGGGAUCCGUAGGAUGCUAUGGUGCGCUACAGACCAACGGCGAGUUCACCUUCUUCAUGGCCCAAGCUCUUGCGAUUAUGAUCGAAGACCAUGUUGUUGCUCUGGGACGGAAGCUGGGAGCUCGUGACCGCCUGGCUUGGAGAGUCCUCGGCUACGUGUGGGUGACACUCUGGUUUGGCCUGAAUUCAGCGUGGUUCUCUGCGGCGAUAGUCAACGGUAUUUGGAACCACCAACGGGGUGCGGAUGUGUUUGGGCUUGGUCCUCCACGGCCUGUGAAGUCUGCAUAGGCUUUCGGUUUUGCUCAUGUACAUAUAUCUGGGGACUGUUGAUUGGCUACACCCGCCAAGCCGGGUGAGCUUGAAAGGGACAAGCCUCUAGAGCUGCAUG